AUGCACGCUGUCCACGUGACGCUCAUCAAGGCCGUCGAUCUCCCUUCCGCCGACUUCAACGGCAAGAGCGACCCCUACGUGGUCUUUCAGCUGGCCAACACGGUGCACCAGAGCUCCAUGAUCCCCGCGACGCUCAAUCCCGAGUGGGACCCGGAAGAGACGUUCGCGUUCAUUGCCGACGACCCCACGACGGCUGUGCUGAGUGUUAAGAUCUUUGACCACGACCGCAUCUCGAAGGACGACAAGAUCGCGUUCUGCACGGUGCCCCUCGUGGAGUUCGUCGGCAAAGACGCGUCGGACGUGCGCAUGUUUGAGCUCGAGACGCCGGCUACUUUUACGAAACAGAAGCGCAAGAGCGCGAUCAUGCUCGAGAUUAAGCUCGAAAAAGAAGAUUAG